AACAACGACCCGAAACUUCGAUUGGGUCACAACCAAUUAACACUAUGCGGUUGCUUAGCACUGCCGCCAUUCCCUUCUCGCUUCCCGCGAUCCCCCGUUCCCGACCUUCGCCUCCGUUCCCCCAAAUCCACAGCUUCCUCUCGCCCUCGCUCCUCCUCUCCAUCCGACCAAGGCCUCAGCUCCGUCGAUCCUUUCCUCCCCUUUCCAUGGCGACGCAACCACAUUCAGAGCCCAUGAACCUUCUCUUCGUCGAGAUGGGUGUUGGCUAUGACCAGCACGGGCAAGACAUCACUGCUGCUGCUAUGCGUGCUUGCAAGGACGCUAUCUCCUCUAAUUCCAUCCCGGCUUUCCGUAGAGGGUCUAUUCCGGGUGUUAAUUCCGAUCAGAUGAAGCUUCAGAUCAAGCUUGGGGUACCUAGGUCUGCGCAGCCGUUUUUGGAUGUCGAGAGAGUCAAAUCCGUCUUCCCUUAUGGAAAAAUCCUAAGUUUUGAGGUUGUGGAUGGAGGGAUGAUAUGCUCGAGUGGUGUUUGUCUUGAGGCAAUGGGAGAUAAAAAUGACGACUGCUAUAUAGUCAAUGCUGCGGUUUAUGUUGGCUAUUAAUGUUUUCUUUUUUGUUCUUCAAAUGUUUUGCCGUUUAAUGACAUUUUUUAUAUUUAUGUAGUAGUUUAUGUUGCAUAUUUUGAGUUUCUUAUUGUUGGGGUGUUAUCUACAUGUUGCUUAUGAUUGGAAGACCAACCUAUGCUUUCUUGGCUUUCUGUCAUCUUCAGUGGAAUGCGUAUGCAAAUAACUUUGUUUCUAAAUCAUUGACAGAAGAAUGAGGCUUUCUCUUGA